AUGGGGUUUAAUCCACAAACAGAAACUCCUAGCAGCCCUUCUCACCUGUACUCCCAAGAACUUCAGCUGAAACUAUACCAGGCUUUCAUAUUCUCCAUCCCAAUCCUGUUUUCCAUCAUUCUCUUCCUCUUGUUUUACUUGUUCUAUCUAAAGAAAAGGGUCACUUCCAUAACUUCAGGAAACUCAGCAAAUCAUCCUCAGCAGAAUUCAGACCGACGAGCCGCCGUGAUUAGUUCAUUAGCUGAUGGCUUGGAUUUGGAGGAAAUUUGCAAGGAAAAGCUUCCAGUAAUCCUGUAUGACGAAAAUUCAAAGUCCAGAGAGACACUAUCCCCGGUUCUCAUUUCCACCACAAAUGCUUCUGCUGCUGCUACUUUUCCUCAGGAACCAAUUCCUUCAGCUGAAAAUGAUCAGCCCCUCAACCAAAGCCCCGGAACACGGAUGGUAUACGCGGAGCAGCCUCAGCAACUCGCUGAAGUUGUGUUGCGGGUUGAAGUUUGCGCGUCAGAAGGAUCAUCGAGCCGGAAUAAUUGUCCUGAUGAAUCCGUAGUGGUUAUCAGCAUUCAAAGUUGA